CCUCCUCCUCUUCGGAAACGGGAUGUGAUGUAAAUACACAGCAACUUCUUCUCUCUCUCUCUUUUUUUUUGUUCCCCUCUCUCUCUGGAGUGUGCAGAUCUCCUACCAACACACUGUUGAAGGAAGGGUAGAAGAAAGAGAAGAAGAGGAGGAAGAAGAAGGAAGACAAGAAGAAAAAAGGCGGCGGGCAGUGAACCAGGAGAGAGAACGAGUCCCUCGUUAGUUUUCUCCACCAUGAUCGUGUGAGCUCUUCCGUCGGAAAAAAAAAAAAAAAAAAAAAAAAACAACCUCCCGACCUGCCGGACUGAACCCCGACAAAAAAAAAAGAAAACGGAUCAAACCGGAGAAAAGCUCGCUGCUGCUGAAGGGAACCCGCGGACAGAGAUGUAGCGUGUGUGUUGGUGUGAUCGCUGGACCAUCAUGCACCUCUUCCUGCUGCUGAUCCUUCAAGCCACAGCAGCCGUUGGACAGAUCGACCCCGCACACUGUCGCUAUGCCUUGGGCAUGGAGGAUGGACGGAUUAAAGACGAUGACAUCACAGCAUCCAGCCACUGGUACGAGACGACUGGACCACAAUACGCCAGGUUGAAUCGUGAGGAAGGAGACGGCGCCUGGUGUCCUGAGGGACAGCUGGAGCCUUCGGACAGUCAGUACCUGCAGGUGGAUCUGGGUAGGCUGACCUUCCUCACGGUAGUCGGGACUCAGGGGCGAUACGCCAGGAACUCUGGGAACGAGUUCGCCCGGGCUUACCGCCUCAACUACAGCAGAGACGGCUUGCUGUGGAAGUCCUGGAGGAACCGGCUGGGAAACGCGGUGAUGGAGGGAAACAAGAACGCCUACGCCUCAGUCAUCAACGACCUCCACCCUCCGAUCAUCACCCGCUAUAUCCGGCUGAUCCCCGUCACCAGAGUGUCGACCACCGUCUGCAUGAGAGUGGAGCUGUACGGCUGUCCGUGGGAGGACGGUCUGAUCUCCUACAGCGCUCCAGAGGGUCAGCCCAUGAAUCCGCCCGGUUAUCCCAUCGCCAGCUUCAAUGACUCCACAUACGAUGGAGCACACGAGAGAAGUAGGAGGCUGUUCGGGGGGAUGGGUCAGCUGACGGACGGCGUGAUCGGCCUGGACGACUUCCUGCAGACGCGUCAGUACCACGUGUGGCCCGGCUACGACUACCUGGGCUGGAGGAACGACUCGCUGGGAACUCAGGGAUACGUGGAGAUGGAGUUUGUGUUCGACAGGCGGAGAAACUUCACCUCCAUGAAGGUUCACAGUAACAACAUGUUCUCCCGUGGCGUGAAGAUCUUUUCCUCCGUCUCCUGUUGGUUUAAGCCCCGCCUCAUUGCUGGCUGGGAGGUCGAGCCCGUGGCCUUCAAGACGGUGCUGGACGACAGAAACCCGAGCGCCCGCUACGUCACUGUGCCGCUUAAUCGCCGCACGGCCAAAUCCAUCCGCUGUCGCUUUUACUUUGCAGACAUCUGGAUGAUGUUCAGUGAGAUCUCCUUUCAGUCAGAGGACACCAUACUCCCAACCCCAGUGACCCUGGGGUCGACCACCCCUCCAGUCACUGAGGAGAGCACCAUGCUAACCACACCAAAGACAGCCAAUCCAUCAACCAGUGACCCGCCAGAUGACGGGAACACGCCCAUUCUGAUUGGCUGCCUGGUGACCAUCAUCCUGCUGUUGGUCAUCAUCAUCUUCCUCAUCCUCUGGUGCCAGUAUGUCUGCAAGGUGCUGGAGAAGGCUCCCCGUCGGAUCCUCGAUGAGGAGGUGACAGUUCGGCUGUCGUCCUGUAGUGACACCAUCAUCCUCCAGACCCCUCCUGUGCCCCCCCGCUCUGGCCACGCACCUACAGGCCCGGCCAACACUGACCCUCACUAUGAGAGAGUUUUCCUGUUGGACCCACAGUACCAGAACCCGGCGGUGCUGAGGAACAAACUGCCAGAGCUGUCACAGAGCGCCGAGGCCUCAGCGUGUGGAGGAGGCUACGCCGAACCUGACGUCACCCAGUGCACCCCGCACCAGUGUUUCCAUAGCAACGCGCCGCACUACGCCGAGACGGACAUCGUGCGGCUGCAGGGCGUCACCGGCAGCAACAUGUACGCUGUCCCCGCCCUCACCGUGGACUCCCUCACCAGGAAGGACAUCUCCGCCGCAGAGUUCCCGCGGCAACAUCUGAUCUUCAGGGAGAAGCUGGGGGAGGGGCAGUUCGGAGAGGUCCACCUGUGUGAGGCCGAGGGACUCCCAGAAUUCCUUGGGGAGGGGUCACCUCUCCCUGACAGAGAUGGCCGUUCUGUGCUGGUGGCUGUUAAACAGCUGAGGGCCGACGCCACCAGCCAAGCCAGGAACGACUUCCUGAAGGAAAUAAAGAUCAUGUCUCGUCUGAACGACCCCAACAUCAUCCGGUUGCUGUGUGUGUGCGUGUCGUCCGACCCGCUGUGCAUGGUGACCGAAUACAUGGAGAACGGAGACCUGAACAUGUUCCUGUCUCAACGGGAGAUUGAGAGCACACUGACGCAUGCCAACAACAUCCCUUCAGUCAGUCUAUCAGACCUCCUCCACAUGUCGGUGCAGAUCUCGUCGGGGAUGAAGUACCUGGCGUCUCUGAACUUCGUGCACCGCGACCUGGCCACCAGGAACUGCCUGCUGGACCGCCGCCUCACUAUCAAGAUCGCCGACUUUGGGAUGAGCCGAAACCUGUACAGCAGCGACUACUACCGCAUCCAGGGCCGGGCGGUGCUGCCCAUACGAUGGAUGGCCUGGGAGAGCAUCCUGCUGGGUAAGUUCACCACGGCCAGUGACGUUUGGGCGUUUGGUGUCACCCUCUGGGAGAUCUUCACUCUGUGUAAGGAGCAGCCCUACAGUCUGCUGUCCGACGAACAGGUCAUAGAGAACACUGGCGAGUUCUUCAGGAACCAGGGCAGACAGAUCUUCCUUUACGGCCCUCCACUCUGCCCACCUUCACUCUUCGAGCUGAUGAUGCGUUGCUGGAGUCGCGACCUAGCCGACCGGCCCACCUUUGAGGGACUUUACCAAGCCCUGAGGCCCCACGUCAACCAGUGA